AUGGUCGAUAACAAAAUGUUAGAAUUUGAUCCUCGAUCAUAUCAAAUAGAAAUAAUGGAACAAGCUAAAUCAGAAAAUUUAAUCAUUUGUCUUCCAACUGGAAGUGGAAAAACUAAUAUUGCUAUUAUGCUUAUUAAAGAACUGUCACCAAUUGUUCGACUCAGUCUUGUCAAUGGAGGAAAACGAACUAUUAUUCUUGUUAAAACUAAUGAGCUGGCACGACAACAUGAAGAUGUUAUGAAGAAGCAUCUCGAUUUGAAAAUUAAAGUUUAUUGUGGUUCUCUAAAUAUUCUGUUACAAGAUCGUGAUAGAUGGAAUGAAGAAUUUGAAAAUAACCAAGUUCUAAUAUUUACUGUUCAAAGAUUUCUUAAUCUACUUGAUCAUAAUCUUUUUUCUUUACAUCAAAUCAAUCUAUUAAUAUUUGACGAAUGUCAUCAUGCAACAGGUGAUGGCGGAUAUGUUACAAUAAUGAAAAAAUAUGAUUCAUGUCCACACUGUCCACGUAUAAUCGGUUUAACUGCUUCGAUCAGCGGACAAAAAAUUGAACCAAACAAAUUACAAAAAAUUGCAUGUCAACUUGAAAAUAUUUAUCAUGCACGGAUUGAAACGGGUUCAAAUCAAGAGGAAAUAAUUCAACAUAGUACAUCAGUUAAAUCUAAAUAUACACGUUGUAUAAAUUUCAAAACAUAUAUUAGUGAAAAAAAUCGAGCAGUUUUAAAUAUUUUUAAAAUCGUGGAAAAUCUUUCCGAAGAACUUAAUAAAUAUUUAAAAACAAAAAAAAAUCAAAAUGAAUCCGCAAAUAACUCAUUACAAAUAGUUGAUCAAUUAAAUCGAAUUGAAAUACAAUGUCGAACUUUAGAUCAAUUAAAAUCUCAUCUUGAUAAUAUUAUUCAUAUUGGUUAUGAACUUGGCUUAUAUGGACUUUACUUAGGAUUAAAAUCAUUAACAAAUUAUCUUAAAUCAAAACUUCCAGAUAUAACAAUAAUCGAUAAAGAUUUAUAUGUUAAAAUAAGAAAUCAACUUGACUCUCUAAUCGAAAAUUUAACUGAAGAAAAUAAAAAACUUUGUAGUGCUAAAGUUAUUCAAUUAGAAGAGCUUAUAAAAAAUAAUACCGAUGGUCAAUGUAUUGUAUUUGUUGAUCGAGUAUAUACAGCCGCAUUUUUAUGUCAAGUUUUAAGCGAAAAAUUUACAAAUUCUAUCAAAAUUAAAUAUGUUGCUGGUUCAAAAGCGUACAUUGAUGAAACAAGUAGUUCAAAUAAAUAUCAACGUGAAGUAAUAAAAGAAUUUCGUGAUAAAGAUAUUCGUGUCUUAAUAUCUACCGCAAUUAUUGAAGAAGGUGUAGAUAUUCCAGAAUGUAAUCUUGUUAUUCGUUUCAAUAAACCACAAAAUUUUUCAUCAUACAUGCAAUCAAAGGGACGCGCAAGAGCACGAGAUGCAUUAUUUGUCAUUUUAAGAGAUGAACCGGAUCUAAAAACCUUUCAAAUGAAUAAUGACGAAUAUGAAAAUUAUGAAUACAUGGAAAAGAUGUUAAAAAAGAACUUCAAAACUGAAAUUGAUUCAGAUCAAUCAUCGGAUGAUAAUACCGAUUACCUGACACCUUAUUCAACUGAUAAACAAGUAAAAAUCGAUGGUAUACGUGCUGUUCAAAUCAUAUAUCAAUAUUGUGCUGUUCUUGGUAAUGGUGAAAUAUUAUCACCACGAUUUUGUACUUCAAAAACACCAUGCAAUACUUUUAAAUGUAUUUUAUCAAUGCCAAUCAAUUGUCCUAUACAAAAGGAUAUUACGUGUGUAAACAAAACUAAAAGAUUAUGUAAACAAGAAUGUUGUUUAGAAAUGGUUGAAUUACUCCAUAAAAAUGGUGAACUUGAUGAAUAUUGUUUACCGAUUCUACCUGAAAGAUCUUUAACAUUAACAGAUGAUGAUGAUGAUGAACCAGAAAAAGUAUCGAUUGAAAUAUUUCCCAAACAGAGUUCAUAUUUUUUCAAUGAAUAUGAUCAUUUAUCAACUGAUUGGUAUUUGUACAGAAUUAAUAUUUCGAAUAAUAAGGAUCUUGGUUUUAUUGUUCCUUAUCAAUUGAUGCAAUUACCUGUAUUUACUCUAUAUGGACGUGAUGAGGAAUUCAGAAUAGAAAUUAUUUAUUUGAAAACAAUUAAUUUCAAUCAAUGUAAAGAUUACUUAGGAAAUUUUUGUCGAUAUAUUUUUGAACAAGUUUUUGAUAAUAUGAAUAUAGAAUCAGAAUCAAAUCUUGAGUUUGAUAUUAAAUCGUCUAAUUUCAAACUUCUUCCAUGUCUUUUGACAGAAUUCGAUGAUAUUGAUUAUGAACGAAUGACAUCAAUAUGUAAUCGGACGAAUGAGUCGAUACAUCAUCCAUCUGAAUUAAAUGAUGAUGAAUUGUAUUGUAUUUCAGGUUUAUCUGAAAAACAAUUUUUUAUAAAUAUUUCCGAUCAAUCUCUUUUAAAACGAGUAACAGAUCAACAAGAACAUAAAAAAUCAUUGGAUACUGUAGAAAGUUACUGUGACAAUUUCCAACGUCGAUUUCCAGAUAUUGUUUUUCGAAAAGAUUUCUUCAUGGCUACUUUGAAAGAUUUCAAAAAACCGAAAAUUAAUUAUUUAAAAAUUUCUACAACAAAAGACGACAAACAAUCGACGUAUAAACCAAGUUAUUAUCCAGUCGAAAUUCUACGUUAUGCUCCACUUAAUCAACUAGAUUUUCAAUUGAUUUCCAAAUUGUCAAAUAUUUUAACUCGUAUUACACAGUUAUAUUACAUCGAGCAACUCAAACAACUUCUAAUUGAUAAUAUUCAACCUAAUACAGUUAAUCAAAUACCAAUUAAUGUUAAAUUUAAUGAUUGUCUCAAGGAGAUAUUUUCAUCAGCCGAGUCAAACGUAUUACCACUUGUUUAUUUUGAUUAUAAUGUAUUAUUGAAGAAUAGUUGCAAAAUUCAAAUAACAUCUGAUCUAUUAUUUCAAGCAAUCACUCGUCGUUCAGCUGAUGAAAAUUCUGACAUGGAAAACCUUGAAAUACUCGGUGAUUGUUUUCUUAAAUUAUCUAUGUCAUUAUCACUUUUUCAUCAAUAUCCCAUGGAAGGUGCUGGGAAAUUGACAUCAAAAAAAGAUAAGCAAGUCUCUAAUAAAAAUCUCUAUCAAUUAGCUUUGAAAAAGAACUUACAAAAUUAUUUAAAUGUUAGUAAACCAAUUUAUGGAGGUCCAGAAGCUAACUGGAUACCACCUGGAUAUACAAUAAUCAAUGAUAAUGUGACAGAAAGAUAUACUACACAAAAAGCUAAAGACAAAGCAAUUGCCGAUAUGAUGGAAGCUUUAAUUGGUGCUUUCUUAGUAUCAACUGAUUAUAUAACAACUAUAAAAUUUAUGGAUUGGUUAGGUUUAGAUGUAAUUCCACAAUAUGAACAAAAUAUCAAAACACCAUCAGUCCUACGUUCUGGUCUAUCCGAUACAAUGAUUGAUAUAUCGUCAGAAAUUCAAAAUUUUUUUACUGACCACGCAUUUGAAGAAAUUGAAAACAAAAUUAAAUAUGCUUUUAAGAAUAAAGGUUAUCUAAUUGCAGCUUUUACGCAUCCAUCCUAUGUGAAUAAUCGUCUUACCCAAUGCUAUGAAAGAUUAGAAUAUUUGGGAGAUGCUAUAUUAGAUUUUCUAGUUAUACGAUGUGUUUUUGUUGAUCAUUACAAACAUGUUACACCAAAACAUGUAACUGAUAUUCGACAAGAUUUAUCGAAUAAUGGACGCUUGUCAUAUAUUUUUGUUUCAUGUGAUCUUCACAAAAAAAUUCUUCAUCUAUCACCGUAUCUUUCAAAUCAAAUAACAUCAUAUGUUGAAAGCGAAACUAUUUCUUCAAAAGAUCAAUCACUGGAUGCGAAAUUAGCCAAAGAUAUUGAUAAAUGGGCUGAUUUAACAGCUCCAAAAACUUUCGCCGAUGUAUUCGAAGCAUUAGUUGGAGCAAUAUUUCUUGAUUCUGGAUAUUGUUUAGAUACUGUUUGGAAGAUUAUUGAACCUUUACUUCGACAAUAUAUUAAUCAAUCUGUUAAGCAUCCAAAUUUAAGUCCAAUACGAUCAUAUUUUGAAAAUGGUGGAAAACCUUUUGUUAUUGAAAAACCAAAGGAUGGCCAAGGAAAUUUCACUUGUAAAGCUAAAUUACCAGAUAAAUCAGAGGUAACAGGUUAUGGAAAAAGUACAAGACUAGCAAAAUACGAUGCAUGUCGAAAAGCAAUGACGUCUGUUGAAUGA